CCUACAGACAAAACAUGGCAUUUAAUGGUACUUGGAAAAUAGAGAGAAAUGAAAACUAUGAAAAGUUCAUGGAGGCGAUGGGUGUUAACAUGGUGAAAAGAAAGUUAGGAGCCCAUGAUAAUCUGAAGAUCACUAUUCAGCAAGAUGGAAACAAAUUUACUGUCAAAGAAUCAAGCAACUUCCGUACCAUUGAUAUUGAAUUCACUCUGGGAGCCAAUUUUGAAUACAGUCUGGCUGAUGGGACUGAACUUACUGGUUCUUGGAACAUGGAAGGAAAUAAACUUGUAGGAACAUUUACUAGAAAAGAUAAUGGAAAAGUACUCACAGCAUACAGAGAAAUCAUAGGUGAAGAACUUGUUCAGACCUAUGUAUAUGAAGGAGUUGAAGCCAAGAGAAUCUUCAGGAGGGGCUAAUUCACCCAGAACAGCACCAGAAUCAAAAACCAAUGAAAAAAGACCAUUUUCCUACAUAUCCUCAGGGCUUUUUUUCCCCCUUUUAUCCCCUCACAGCACCUCCUAAGCUGCAAUUCCUUCGACCUGUUGAAAACAAAGGCUAAUUCCUUAUGUUUAUUGUUUUGCCUUGAAUAAACAAACUCCAAUUAUAAUUU